GUUAGACAUUAACAUUAUUUAAAACUUAGAUUUUGGCGGUUAUUUUUUUUUUUAUAAAACUUGUUGACUACUGCUGGAAUGUCCUUCGUUUUUCCUUUCUAGUUGAAUUCCUAUUCCUUAUUCAGAAAUCUUUACAGAAUAAUUAACAUGCGAUUGUGUAUGUAGUUCGGAAUGGAAUUGUUAAAGUGGAAGAAAGUUGAAAAUGAAGCAGGCUAUCCAUGUUACAUCGAUGAAACAAACGGCAAACAACACUAUGACCAUCCUCAGUUUAGUAGGAUAUUGAAAACUCUGGAAGAAUACAAUGACAUCAAGUACAGUGCUUACAGAAUUGCAUUUAAAUUGUUUGCCUUACAGAAAAAUUUAAAGGUGCCCCCACUUCGCAUAAGUUCAGGAGUAUUUGCACGACACCAGCUAAGUCUGUCUGAGAGCAGCUUGUCUUUAGACACUGCUGAAUUGGAAGCUGUAUUGGCUGAUAUCUACUUUGCAGCUGAGAAAGAAGGAUUGUUCAGUGGCGAUGUUGACCUGGCAGUGGAUCUGUUGAUCAACUUGUUGCUCAAUGUGUAUGAUGAAGAAAGAAAAACAUCAAUACGAGUCUUAGCAGCUAAAACUCUCCUAAUAUUAUUGAGUGAAGAAUCAAUAGCAGAGAAAUGGCAGGCCCUAGCCAACUGCUGUGCAGACCACAAUGGCUGUGUGUCACCAAGGAGGUUGGCCGCACUAUUGGCACAUGUCACUGCUCUGCCCAAGUAUCUUGGCUGUCAGUGCGACCACUUGCAGAGUGACUUGGAUUCCUGUUUUGCUAAGAAUGCAGGCAUGCUUGGCGUCUCGUCGCAAGCAGUAGCGGAGUGGGGGGUGCACGGUUGUUCCAGCACUCGAUGGCUUGGCGUUGUACAGCGUGUGGUCGACAGCAGGAGCAGUGCCAAUGUAAGCGCGGGCUGCAGUGCGUGUGGACAACCCCUUAUACAGGUGCUGAAAUUCAAAUGUGCAAAAUGUAAUGAUGUCUACUUUUGUGAAAAGUGUUAUUUAUAUGGCAAGGAGUUGUCGAGUGUUCCCAGUCAUAAGAAAACUCAUUUAGUGCAAGAACUAAUUGAUGGAGAGAUCAAAGCUCCUGAAUGCCUCAGCUUCAUAAAAGGCAUGAAAAGAUUUUUCUUCUGCACGAAGACAAGAAAGAAAAAGACAAGUAAAAUGGAUAAAAAGAAUAAACAGACAAGACAAAGUUCGCUCAAAAGAAAAGAAAAGCCUGUGAUAUUUACCUCGACGGUGGGCAAGGCUUCGGGAAAUAAAACUAACAAUCCAGCCAUGACGCUGCAGGAUAUUAUUACUAAUAUGGAAAAUGACACUAAAGCCCUCAAAGAUCUGAUGGAUCAAAUGGACACAGUGGUCAAAGCCGGCGACAAAGAUAGUGACGAACAAUUGAAAGGCAAAGCAGAGGUGUAUUACAGUCAGAUAUCUGCACAAAUCGCCAGGCUCAAGACAUUGAAGGACAAUUUCCUAAACCCGGACAACUUCCCACCUGAAACCAAAUCUGAAAAAUUGGAACGACCUCAAGCAUUUGACCUCUUCAGUCCCAUACCAGUAGUGGACGGGAAACAAUCAAAAGUCACAGAAAAUUCCAAAAACCAGCCAAGGGUACUUAGCUUGGAUUCCGGAAACUUCUCAGUGGCGGAUAAGCCUGAUAGUCAGCAUCUGCUGACUAUGUCGGGAGAUGCAUUGAAGCCAGUGGUGGUUCAUGCCACUUCGGAUAGCAUUUCUACUGUGUCUAUGAAUGAUAUGAGCAAUUGGUACAAUGAAACUGAAACUACUAACAAACGAAACGCAACUAAAACGAAACUGGAAAGCAACCACAGUAUAUCAGCUACAGAGAAGCGGUUCGCUGCAGACAUUCGCUCCGUGGAGAACAGUAACGACAAAAUGAGGGAACUCAACGCAGAUCUGGACACUGUAUUGGAUAGACUGCAACAGAUACUCACUAACAACUUCGCUAUGGAUGACUCGUGUUUUGACAACACUCAACUGCGGGAGACGGCGAGUGAGAUGGAGGGUUUGUUGGGGACCCUCAUACGCGGCGUGGAGCAGCGCGCUACGCUCAACGCUAACAAUGGUCUCGUUUAGUAUAUUUAGUGAUUACUAGCUGAUGCCCGCGACUUCGUUUACUUUCUUAAAAUUAAAGAACUCUUUAAAUUUCCGGGAUAAAAAGUAGCCUAUGUGUUAAUUCAGAGUAUAAAUCUAUUCUAUUCUA